AUGAGGCGAUCGUUUGGGCCGGGAAUGGGCAGCGGCGGAGGCGGAGGCAGAGGCGGUGGAGGGAUGAUCAAGACGGUUCACAGAACCGUCAGGGCUGGCCUCGGUGGUGGGGCGUCCCAAGAACCCUGUUCACAUUCCGCCACAACCACCACAAGAACCACCAAUAACCGUAACCAACCCAUAAACACCACCCUUUCUCUCUCAUCCAACGCUCACCUCUCCUCGCCUUGCUCUUACCUCAACCACCAUGUCCCGGCGCCGACCAACUGGGUUUUCUCGUCGUCACCGAUCACCGGUGAAGAGUUCGACUGGGAAUACAUCCAUGGCGGAGGGAGUGACGACGGCGAGAGUUUAAAUCGAGUGCUUUACGAUGAUUUUGUAUUUGGCAGUGUUCCAUCCAAAGACGAAGUUCAUCAUGCAGUCUCUUCUCUCCAGGAGGUUCUUGAUCCGAUUAUCAAGAAUAGAAGAACAUAUGGUACGUACGAUGAUGGAAUCGAAAAGAUUUCAGGUCCUACUGUUUUUCACAAAUCUGGAUCCGAGUUAGAUUGGAUUGAGCCAUCUUUGCAACUACAUGACACAACAAGUGCGUUGCAUGAUCCUAGAUCGACAAGAGUUUAUGAUGCUUUCCAUCUAUUGCAAACUGAUCCUUCAGUUCAGAGAAUGGUGAUUUCGUUGUCAUCUGACAAGGCUGUUUGGGACGCUGUUAUGAACAACGAGGUAGUACGUGAGCUUCGUGAGUCAGUUAAUGAAGGUAAGAGCGUUUCUGAGUGCUCUGAGGAUAGUGUUGAUGAGUCGAAUCCGGUUAUACAAGUUCUUCGAUGGAUCUUUGUCAAUACAAAGGAGAAAAUGAUUGAAAUAGUAGAGAAAAUAACACAGAUCGUAAAUGAAUUGGUUAGGCCCAUUGGAAAGGAUGAGAAGUGGAAGAAAGACGCCGAUGGCGAUAUAGGCCUCAAUUCAUUUGAAGAAAAACUUAGGAGCUCUUUCUUGCUUUCCAUUAUAGUACUUUUUAUUGUUGUUGUGAGUCGAGGACGCAAGUCUUGA